AUGAAUAAGGUCUAUGAACUUAGAACUUAUUCAAUAUCACUUGAGAACUGGAACAACUUUAUCGCAUUGACUCAAGACCACAUUCAUCUGAGGACAAAACAUUCUAAACUAUGUGGCUAUUGGAUGUCUGAGCUUGGUGGUAUAAAUGAAGUGGUACACUUAUGGGAGUACUCAUCAUUGGAUGACCGUGCUAAAGUACGUUAUAAUCUAAGAUUCGAUAAGGAGUGGAAUGAGAAGUAUAUGGUCAAUAUGAAACCAUACGUAUUGAAACAGGAUAAUAUUGUAUUGAGAGAGUUCAAUUGGUGUCCAUUAUCAAUGUCACCCAAUCAAUUGGAAUCAAACAAUGUCUGGGAGUUGUCAAGUUUCUCAAUUAAACCAGGUAAUGUUGGUAAAUGGAGUGAUGCCAUAUCCAAAGGUAUCGAUACCAGGAAGAAGCACUCAUUACCCAAUGGAAUGUUCUACAGUGAGAUUGGAAAGUUAAACACUGUAUUCCAGCUGUGGUCAUACAACAACUUUGAGGAGAGGACCAAUAUUGUUGAGGCAGCCUUGAAGGAUAGCAAAUGGAGCCAAGCCGUCGAUGAUUCAUUGUUGGUCACAACCUCAAUGGAUAACAAGAUUUUGGUCCCAGUACAUUUUAAAUCAAAGCUUUAA